UCCGGGCUCGGUAUGAUGGCAUCUAUCAACGAGGCGAUGGGCAUGAGCAUAAUACUUCCAGCGUCACAGUGUGAUCUUGACCUGGACGCGGGCCAAAAAGGCAUCGUCGGUGGAGCCGUUUUUCUGGGUACGAUGUUCUCGUCCUACUUCUGGGGUUACCUGGCCGAUACCCGAGGGCGUCAGAUCAUCCUGAAGUGGGCACUGUUUGCGACCUCGUUCUUUGCCGCGAUUUCUUGUCUGGCGAGUGGCUUCACUUCACUGUUAGUACUUCGGUUUCUGACGGGUGUUUGUGUUGCUGCUCCUGCCUCGACGGUGUACGCUUAUCUGGGAGAGUUCACCACACCAAGCAGACGCAGCCAAAUGCUGUCGUUCGCGUCCGUUUGGGGAGGUGUUGGGAUCGUCUACGUAUCACUCGUCGGUUGGUGGAUAUUGUCAUAUGAUUGGGCGAUCGCGAUCACCGACUCGUUCGAGUUCAAACCAUGGCGGUUGCUGUUCAUCAUCAACACUCUACCAGCCUUCCUGAACGGAAUCGCAUUCUGCUUCUGUCCCGAGAGUCCAAAGUUCCUGGUGUCACAGGGACGUAAUGAGGAAGCUCUCGAAGUGCUCAAGAAGGUGUACCAGAUUAACAAAGGCGCGUCUAACGCGGAAGGCUACGAGGUCACAACUCUUCGGCUUGAUCCCGAAGAUGCACUUGCCCGUGAGCAGAACGGAGGAGAUCACUCUGUGGGACUGUUUAAAUCGAUGUUGCAACAAACGGCACCCAUCGUGAAGCUGCCGUAUCUAGUGUACUUCAUCAUCUGUUGUGUUCACAACAUUGGGGCGUUUGCGAUAUACGGUGGUCUGGGACUGUGGUUCCCCGACAUCAUGAACCAGGUGUUCUCGCAGGACUCCUCCGACGAAGGGCAGAAAGUGUGCGCGAUUCUGCAGCGCAACGAAACAGUUCCAAUAAUUGCGGAAGUCGAGCUGUGCGACGAUGAGGUCAAGUUCGAGACGUUCCUCUACACCAUGAUCCUGGGUAUUUUCGGGUGCGUUUACGCACUGAUCACGUCAGCCGUGCUCGGUAAAUUCAACCAGAAGGUCAUGAUGAUCUUCAACUGCACCGUGGCCGGGCUUUGCGGAAUCGCGCUCCAGUUCAUCGCUAAUUCGUACGCGGUCGCGCUACUCUUCUGCCUCGAGAUCGUGUUCGCCGGUUACUGCGUGCUGCUGGUAAACGCCAACGUUGUCGACAUAUUCCCCACGAACGUCAGAGCGAUGGCUGUAGCUCUCACCAACAUGAUCGGGCGGUUAAGCUGUUUCGUAGCGAGCGCCGUGAUAGGGCUGCUGAUGCUACAAAACUGUCCAGUCACGUUCUACAUGCUCUCCGGGUUGCUGUUUCUAUGCGUCGGGUUGACGUUUUUGCUGCCGAAAAAGUGA